CAUCGAAAAAUCUUACCCAGCGUCAUUUGUUACAAACUUGCAGACUCGACAAGAUGGAUUACAGUCCGUUCAAAGAUUAUUUGAAUUUCAGUUCUCUUUUAUUUAAAGAAAGAGAAGAACAUGUCGAGAAGACUACAGAAUUGUUAUCUGAAACAGAGGUUGAUUAUUGGGCAAACUCGAUUAGCUCAAUUGAAGAUAUUUUAUCAUCGGAGCCGUUUACUUCUGAUUCUUUUUCGGAUGAAGACCUUGAUGUAUUUGAAAAUAUGCCAGACGCAACAGACGACAACAUGAUGGCUGUACAAAUAUAUAACAAUGAUCAGGAUCAGUUGUGUCGGUCGGACUCUCUUUCGUCCGGUGAGACCGCAUCUUCCGGAGAAAACAGCUUUUCAGAUGAAGGAUAUUCCAGUGAUUACCUUUUAUCAGCUUUUCUAAGACAAUUGAACGGUAGCUCUGAUAAUAUGCUACAAGCUCCGCUACAAUACCAGAUAAUGCCAGCUAAACCCGCUUCCGAAGAGAAAUACUGCAUUCUUUGUAAACGGAACGGUGAAACCAGAGAAUAUUACACUACACAUGUGUUGAAAGACAAUAGGGGAAAAGUAAUAUGCCCAGUACUCCGCAAGUACGUUUGCCCGAAGUGUAAAGCCACAGGGGAUAACGCCCAUACACUCCGCCAUUGUCCGUUCUCUGAUGCCCAGGGGUCGUCCACUACGGAGACAUGUUACACCCUAAGAAGUAGCUGUGGAAGACGAAGAAAGAAGAUAGCCUAAUUUGAUGGAAGAAGAUCGCCUUAUUGACGAAAGAAGAUCGCCUUUAGUAUAUGACGUGAAAAGAUGGCCAAAUUUGAAUGGAAGACAAUAUUUUAUUCAAGAUGAAACGAUAUAUUUUUUAAACUUUUUGUUAAUACUUUUAAUUUGUGAAAUAUUCUUUAAAUCUUUUAAAUGCGUUUUGAUAACAAGAU